AUGGAGGUCCUGCCAGCUGGGUUUUCGGACUUUCGAGACCGAGCCUACUGGAAUAGCUUCUUCCAAUUUUUCGACCAGAAAAAUUUCGAGUGGUAUGGGAACUACGGGGAUGUGCGGCACAUCGUUUAUCGGUGCAUACGGGGACGGCUGGGUUAUUUCGAUGGGGAAAGCGAUGGUAAACCGGUUGACCAACCGAAUGAUCAGCCGACUGACCAAUCGACUGACCAGCCGACUGACCAACCGAAUGACCAGCCGACUGACCAACCUGUUAAUAAGAACUGCCAGCUCAUAAACUUGGGGUGCGGGAACUCCCACCUGAGCUACGAACUCUUCCAAGACGGGUUCAGAAACAUUGUAAAUCUAGACUACUCAGAUGUAGUGAUCCAAAAAAUGAAGAAAAAAUUCGGGGACAAAAUGGAAUUCCUAAAUGUAGACAUCAGCAAUGGUGAACAGUUUGAUAACGUCCUAUACAAAUUGGAAGAAGAGGCACAGAAAAAAAAAGUGGAUUACAAAAUCUUUUUUGAUAAAGCCUUUUUAGAUGCAUAUAUAUCGUGCGAAAAAAAUGAGGAAGAAAUUUGCAAAAGGAAUGCCAAGAGUUACUUCUCCCUUGUCUUUAAGCAUUUGAACAAGGGGGACCUAUUCAUUGUUAUUACUCUUGCUCAAUAUUAUAUAAUUAAGGAGGUGGUUCGGAAUGUGUAUCAUGAGGACAUCAUGUUGGAAGUCUUUCCCUUUUUUUUAAAACAAAACACAAGCGAGUUUAAAUACCAUCCAUUCGUAUUCGCCUUCUAUCGAACACAUAGGGGGGGCAAUAAAUUCCAGGCAUAUUUUAUCAACGCAGAAAUGGGUACCAGAAAUGUCAUUUCGUUGUGGAAACUACCCAAUGAAAUUAACAGCACGAGGGCAAAUUUGAAUCUUCACAUUUUUAAAAAAGGGAAGAGAAGAGUUCUGGAUAUUUACAAUACGAGACUGAACAGGUGUGACUACAACGUCGUUGUUUACGACUCGUUCACCGAGCGCGCAACUUACAACACGGUCGUUGUUGUUGUCCCGCUUGGCUAUGAGUUUCACUCCCUUUACUGUACUGCAGAAGGGAAUGAGGAGUUGGCUUCCAAGGCCGGGACCAGGAGACUCCUCCUAGUGAUGAGGUCCAACUUCUUGGCUUCCUCGUGCCCGGAGGGCGAGGCGGACCGUUCUCAGAGUGACAAACGGGAAAUCCCCGCACCUGCCACACAAAAUGGGGAGAACCCUACCAAUGUGCACCAUAGCGAGUACACUCAGAGGGAGAAAAGUCGGAACGAGGAUACGGACGAUGCAAAAGUGAAGGAACAACAAAUAUACCCACAGGGGAAAAACGAACUACACAGUGAGUACUCAGUUAACGUCCUCCUGGAGUCCAUCAAAAAUGAGCUAACAAAUAUUUUGAACGAAGUGGCUCUCCCCAAUUCGGACAAUUUCCCCAUCAUGGUGUUAAACGAGAGCGUAAAGAACUGCAGGGUUAUUGCCCACAGGAAGUCGCAGUAUGCAUCCAGUAUCAUUAUAAGGGAUGUCCUCGUAACGGAGGAAUUUCUCGCGGAAAUUUUUAAUUCCGACCAGGCGAACAACAGGGGCUUCGGAGGUGAAAAGAGUAAAUGGAAAUACGGAAGGGAAGGGAGCGCCAGGGGAACGAACGAAGAUGGAAAGGAACAGCACGACGUGGAAGAAGCCCUUCGAGCUAUCCUGAAAAACCAGGAGGAAAGACGCUCCUAUUUUGAAAAAAAAAAAAUUUACAAAAGGCAAAUGAUAUUUUCUUACGACCCAUUGACAGUGCAAUCCGAGCUAGUGUACACUCAGGAAAAGGAAAAAAAAAAAAAAAAAAAAAAAAAAAAUGAAAAAGUAGUGGACAAGCUGGACGAAAACCCCCACUUUGAGUAUAUCGAAUCAGCCAGCCAAUAUCACAUAAGCUUCUGUUGCAGUCUCUUUUUCGUGAUAAAUGAUAUUUACAAGGAAGAUGAUAAUUUUUUCAACAUUUGCAUUUUGGGGGGAGGCACCAAUGUCUUCUCAAAUAUACUUAAGUCCAUUUUUGCAGAUUUUAAUUUGCACCUGGAUAUCGUCGAAAUUGACGAAGCAGUAAAAUCAUUUUAUUAUCUUUUCUGUGAUGAGCAGAUAGAGCAAAAUAAAAAACACAGAACAAAUUAUAUUAUUAGGGAUUCGCAUGAUUUUGUAAAGAAUCAUGGUCACUCUGAAUUUUACCAUGCCAUCUUUGUCGACAUUAACAAUACGCAAAACUCCUACGUCGAAAUGGAUGGUUGUAAGUUGUAUGUCACUUGUCCACAUAUACAAUUUUUGGAUGAAGAAAAUGUGCGCAGUGUUAAGCGUCUUUUGAAAAACAAUGGUGUCCUAGUAAUUAAUGUGUUGACGAGGGAUGGCACUGUGAGAAAACAUAUUCGUCUCUUCUUUCAGAAGCUCUUCGCAUCCGUGAUUAGUAUCCCCUCCGCGAAUAAGGAAAUUAACGAGGUCUUGAUCUGCAGUUCGAAGGACAUAACCCAAGAAAGGUUUUCCGCUUAUCGAAGGAAUCUCAUCUUAAUGAUUAGGACAAACUACAAUCGCUGGUUCCUGAAUUUUGACUUAACGAACAUCCUUAAGAAUGUUGAUGUUUUGUAA